AUGUCCAACUUCGAGAACCACCCCUCGCUCGUCGGCGGCCACAGCCAAUACAUCAAAGGCCAAGCAGAAUCCACAAUCGGCAGCGUCACCGGCUCACAAGAAUGGACCAACUCGGGCGAGCAAGACAAGCAAGCGGGCAUCGACGCCAUGAAAGCCGCAAGCGCGAACCGGGAUCCUCAGCAGAGUGGCUUGGGCAAGGCGGAGGAGUUGGCGGGAAAAGCGGUGGGGUGUGAGGGGAUGGAGAAUGAGGGGGCGGCGAGUAAGAAACAAUAA